CACGUUACUACAUCCCAUUCUCUCCUUCACAGUCUCAUAUCCAUUCGAGCAACCCUAAGACAACCGCAAAGGAAGAGGAGGAAACAAUGGAGGGCGGAGAAGAAGACGUGAGGAUGGGAGCGCAUCGUUACGGCGAGGGCCAAGCCAUCGGGACGGCCGCCCCGACCCUCAGAGAAAGCAAGGACUACGAAGAGCCGCCGCCCGCCCCACUGUUCGAGAUGGCGGAGCUAUCCUCGUGGUCGUUCUUCCGGGCUGGGAUAGCGGAGUUCGUGGCGACCUUCUUGUUCCUCUACGUGACGGUGCUCACGGUGAUGGGCGUGGAGAGAUCUAGCAACAAGUGCGCGACCGUGGGUCCCCAAGGCAUCGCCUGGGCCUUUGGUGGCAUGAUCUUCGCGCUCGUGUAUUCUACUGCAGGCAUUUCAGGGGGUCACAUUAAUCCGGCCGUGACCUUCGGGCUGCUGCUGGCGAGGAAGCUGUCGCUGGUCAGGGCGGUGUGGUACAUACUGAUGCAGUGCAUGGGAGCUGCGUGCGGCGCCCUGGUGGUGAAGAGCUUCCAGAAGAGCCAGUUCGAGACGCUCGGCGGCGCCGCCAACACCGUGAGCUCCGGUUACUCCAGGGGCGUCGCCCUCGGGGCGGAGAUCCUCGGCACCUUCUUCCUCGUCUACACCGUCUUCUCCGCCACCGAUGCCAAGCGCAUGGUGCGCGACUCCCACGUCCCUGUAUUGGCACCGUUGCCCAUUGGAUUUGCAGUGUUCGUGGUGCACUUGGCCACGAUUCCCAUAACCGGGACUGGCAUUAACCCGGCCAGGAGUUUUGGGGCAGCCCUCGUCUAUGACAGGGCCCAAGCCUGGGAUGACCAUUGGAUAUUUUGGGUGGGCCCAUUUACCGGAGCGGCACUCGCAGCAAUGUACCAUCAGCUGGUGAUCAGGGCUGUUUUUGUCAAAUCCAAUUUUUUCAGAUCCAAGUACAUCGUUUGAAAUUAAAAACAAAAAAAAAAGGGUGCUUUUUUUUCUUCGAAAAAAUAAGGGUGGUUUGGGAUGGUGUCUUAAUGUAUAUGAAUUAUUGUAUUCCUAACUAAGUGUAUGUAUGUUUGUAUUGGGCGGGCGAGAUGUGAGGAGUGUUGUUGCAUGCCCUCCUUAAGUUCAAUAAAAUUCGUGAAUGAUUGGAUUGUUAAGAAAA